AUGUCUUAUCCAUUCAACAAACCCGAGGUAACACUCGAUCACUUGAACGAAUUUUUCACUUUCCUCAAAAGAGCACCCACAGUACCAGCAUUGAUAGAAGAUCUCGAGCGCUCAGACAACCCGUUAUGGAACUCUAAUCCAGAAAAGCCUGACUACAUCAGGACACCCAAUGAUAACUGUCGUUUUGAAUUCAGUUGGAAACCACACCGAGAACCAGGAUGCCUCGACUUUCGUCUGACCACCGUUAGUCACAAGCAAAAUACGCAUGCCGAGAUUACAGUUGAAGUACCCUAUCCUGAUGGAGCGUUCGAAAAGAAAUCAUUUACUGCGGAUCCGGGGCUGCGGUCUAAGAACUUCGAGGAUUCAAGGAUGUUGGACACGAUGAAGAGUAUUGUUCAGGUUAAUGGUGACAACGCUGGGUUAUUAGUAUGGGAAGGAUUCCAAGGGACUAUGGACUACAUCACUGGAGUAAGGGAAAAUCGCCUCCGUAAAGUCAAGGAGCCGAAAAUGCCCUUGUUGCGACAUAUGCAUGUUUUUGGUACGGAGUUUGUGAAGGGGAACAGAAUAUGUGUGGGGAAGGAUAUCCUCAUACGUUUAAAUGUAAUCAAAUUUGCUGUUGAGGAAGGGAAAAUCAGUCGUGUGUACCACAGGAUCUGA